CCGCAUGGGAGCGCCGGAAGAACGAUAAACAUCUCCCUUCUUCGCCAUAAAUACUCGAGGAGCACAUUCCCAAGACUUGGAUAUCCCAUCUCUCCUCUAUGGCUGAUAAUACUCUUCUUGGUGUAGUGAUCUUGGCUCGACAUGGCGACCGAGAGGGCUUUUAUCAGGAUCCCUCUUCGUACACCGCGUCGUCGACCACAAUUACGCCAGAGGGGAAUCUACAAGAGUACCAGCUUGGGCAGCUGUUGCGCUCGCUAUAUCUUAACUCGUCGUCCGAGUCAUAUAUUUCGGGAAUCAACAGUACCAUCGCCGACUUGGACCAGAUCAAAGUCCGUGCAGACGGCGGUGAUGAAGGAGGUGUUAUCGUCAACUCGGCAACGAGCUUGUUACAAGGCUUGUUCCCAGCCACCUCUGACUACAACGUGACUCUGGCCAACGGAACCACUGUCGAGGGCCCUCUAGGCGGUUAUCAGUACAUACCAAUCGAAUCCGUAGAACCAGACAAUGACGUCUCUCUGGAAGGAUGGACGUCUUGUGGUGCCUUUGACACGUCCACCAAUGCCUUCUACAACUCUUCAGCAUUUCAGGCAAAGGUAAACGAGAGCGCCUCGUUUCUGAACCAGCUCUCCCCGUACCUUGAUGGUAGACCGGUUACUUUGAAGAACAUGUGGAACAUUUACGAUUACAUGAACGUCGAAAACAUUCACGAUGCAUCCUUUGCCGCUAGCAUCCCGGACACAUUUAUGGAACAAGCUCGCGAUCUAGCCAACUGGCAUGAAUACGGCGUUUUCUCGUCCCCCGAACUCGCGGGAAUAGGAAAUAUUGCUGCCCGUACCAUGCUGCCCUCCAUCUUUGAAAGUUUCACGAGUAUCACGGAUUCUGAUGACCCUCUCAAGAUUUCUUACCUGGCCCUCGCUUACAAGCCAUUCCUGUCCCUAUUUAACAUGACAGGUGCAGCCCAGAUGAAUUCAGAACUCGAAGGAAUCGUUAAUUAUGCUGGUGCCCUUGCCCUCGAGAUCAGGAAUUCUUCCACCAGCGGAGAGCCUGUUCUACGUUUUAAUUUUAAGAACGGAACGGAUGAUAAUGGUUUCACGACAUACAACAUUCUCAACGGCACCGGGGACAUCCCGCUGUCGACAUUUGUAAAUUAUCUGUCGCCUGCCGCUAUUAACACCACGGCUGAUUGGUGUACAGUAUGCGGGAACACGAAGGACAGGGGAUGCGGUGCAUUAGCAUUAGCGGCUUCAGAAGCAAGCGCCGCUGCACGAGUGAACCAGCGAAUUAGUCCCGUGGGAGCUGGAUUCCUUGGUGCAGGUCUGACCUUGGCUGUAUGCUUAGCAAUGCUGGGUGUCCUUGUCUUCUUAGGUUUCCUCACUGUCGGUAAGGGCAGAUCGCGGCAGAAGAAGACCAAUGAUGUCGCGGAGAAGGCGUAAGAACAUAUCAUUGCUAAUUUGUGGUAUGUGUACAGUUUAUGGCUACAUGGAAUGCUGUUUGAUAUACAUUAAUAGUACGUGACAAUGUACAUGGAAAUUGUAUAGCGAUAGGGAUGUAUGGAACAUUAUUCUGAAUCGUAACGAUAAAAAUCUUCGU